UGUUUAGUUAACUUCAGAGUAUAAUGUUGGCAAAUAUUAAAAGGUAUCUCAAGAUUAAAAAGAGUGCUAAAAAUGAUGCCAAAAGUGUUAACAGUGUUGACAAAGUUUUUGGUUUAGAAGAGUUGGUGAUAAAGAUCUUCUCAUUCCUCGACAUCCAUGAGUUGAUACCUCUGGAGAGAGUCUCCAAACAGUUCCAGUUGUGCGCCGACUAUUGGUUCCGACAGCAAAAGACACUAUCAUUUAAUGACAAUUACUGUGGAAUCUAUCACUUUAUGCCAGACAUUGAUGUCAUUCGCAAUUCAUAUACAUUUCCGUUGAGAUAUAUUAACAACAAUUCUGACGGAAAGCCAUGUCUUAUACUAAACAAAGAGCGGAUCAUUUGGUUGUCAAAGAAGUUACCAAACAUUGAGUACUUAGGAAUCGGUCACUUAGAGACUGAUUACCAGACAUUAUAUGAUAUUCUCGAAGCGUUUCAAUCAAUCAAAUGGUUAGAGAUCUGCGAUAUUAAGAAAUUUACGGCUCAAGAGUUCCGACAAUUGGGACAACUCUUGUCCGGAAGAGUCGCUAAAUUAAAUGACUUUUGCGAUUGUGAUUACAAUACAAAAUCAAUGCAAUUCUCAAAAGUGAAAACACUUUACCUGAGAUACUGUGAACUCGAAGAACAGGCGUUUGUGUCGCUAUUGAAAUGCUUUCCAAGUGUUAAUAAUGAAGCUAAAAGUGUUGACAAAGUGUUUGGUUUAGAAGAGUUGGUGAUAAAGAUAUUCUCAUAUCUGACUAUCGAUGAGUUGAUUGGUUUGGAAAGAGUCUCAAAACAGUUCCAGUUUUGCGCCGACUAUUGGUUAAGACAACAGAAAAGCAUUGCAUUCAACGAAAAGUUCUGUGGAAUGGAUUACAAUAAGCCUAACAUUGAUGUCAUUCAUAACUCCUAUACAUUUCCCGCACAAUAUUUUAAGACCAAUUCUGAUGGAAAGCAAAGUCUUAUAAAAAAUAAAAAGCGAAUAAUCUUGUUGUCAAAAAAGUUACCAAACAUUGAGUACUUAGGAAUCGGUCACUUCGACACCGAUUACAAGACAUUAUGCAAAGUUCUCAAUGCGUUUCAAUCAAUCAAAUGGUUAGAAAUGUGUGAUUUGUGUGACUUCAAGGAUCAAGAGUUGCGACUAUUGGGACAACUCUUGUCGGGAAGAGUAACCAAAUUGUUG